AUGACAGACAUUCCUAAAGCUACAGUGGAGUCUAUCACCAGACCUUCCAUCUCCAAGCCAACCGCUUCGUUCUACAAAAGGCCCUUGCCACCAAAAUGCACAUCGUUCAGCUCCCAGCCAGGCAAAGAAAUAUUCGCAAAUGCCUUAUUAGAGGGGAAUAUGGAGGCGUAUUUCCCGCUCGCCAGCCAAUUUGUCACUCAGAAUGAGCCGGCUUAUUGUGGACUCGGCACGCUGGUUAUGAUCCUAAACGCUCUGGAAGUGGAUCCCGGUCGACGCUAUAAAGGUCCUUGGAGGUGGUAUGAGCAGGAGAUGCUCGAUUGCUGUAGAUCCUUGCAGAGCGUCGCAGAGACUGGAAUUUCACUCACAGAGUUCACCUGCAUCGCGCGCUGUAAUGGUCUCAAUGCCCACGUCCACUCUGCUCCCAUGGGCCUCGAUAAAUUCCGCCAAGACGUUAAAAUGGCUGCCAGGAGUAGCGAUAUGUUCAUGGCAUUGUCGUAUAGUCGGGCAUCACUCGGUCAGACUGGCUCAGGCCACUUCAGUCCCGUUGGUGGAUACUCCGAGGCGCACGAUUCGCUCCUCCUUCUCGACGUGGCUAGAUUCAAAUAUCCAAGCUACUGGACUUCUAUUCAGGAUGCUUACGAGGCUAUGCUUCCACUCGAUCAAGUCACCCAACUCCCGCGAGGUUACACUCUACUCAGUCCGGUUGAGCCGAGCGAAAGCAUUAUGACAUCAUCACUCACCACUAUCACUCUCAACAAGAGCACGUGGAAGCUGUUUCAGUCUAAGAUUGGCAGCUCUCUGGACAGUGUGACGGGUGAUUCAAUUGGUGAAUUCAUCAACGCUGUCGGUCGGGUUGUGAACAGUAAGGAGAUUCGUGUGGUGGGCAAGAGAAGUAUAGCUUCACAAGACAGCCUGUCGGCUCUCCUCGAUGAAUUUAAUGGAUCGCAAUUUGGAAAAUUGCUUCAAGUUGACGAUCCCAUUGACGGUCUCUUCUUGAUGGCUCUCUUCGCGCCAAACGGACCAUUCAACAUACGCAUUCCACAGAAAAUCAAGCCCCAACUGAUGGAGGAGAUUCUCUCUACAAUCUCGAGCAGCAGUAUGUCAACGGAGAUGACUGUACUGCAGCAACAAUUAACUGCUCUCGGUGAAUGCUGUCAGCAGGAGUCUGAAUUGAGCUGUGCAUGCGGCAAAGAGAGGAGCUGUUCAUAG